AUGGUGACAAACAACCAUCGCCACCACAUGGCUCCUUCAUUUUCAUUCUUCAAAACUCUCAGUCUAUUAUUACUACUAUCGCAACACUUUUUAACCGUUGCUAUUGCUUUCACACAGAACAUCACAGAUACCAGUCCACCUCCGUCUCCCGUUCCCGACGACGCCACUACGAACUCUCAACCUCAACAAACCACCUACACAAAAAUAAAACCAAGCGUCGCGAUUCUCGUUUGCGUUUUCACCGUUCUCUUUUCUCUCACCUCUGUGCUUCUCCUCUACGUGAAACACGUCAAUUACAUCGCCGCCCCUGGCGAGAUAGGUAAUAUUGAAAGCGGCGGCAGUUUGUAUUUUAACGGCGGGAGAAAAAACUCCGGGAUAGACCGUUCUGUGGUUGAAUCGUUGCCGAUUUUCAGAUUCGGAUCACUUACAGGUCAAAAGGAUGGUUUAGAUUGUGCGGUUUGUCUUUGUAAAUUCGAAUCGUCGCAAGUUUUACGGUUAUUGCCGAAAUGUAAACACGCUUUUCAUGUGGAGUGUGUUGAUACGUGGCUGGAUGCACAUUCAACUUGUCCUCUUUGCCGUUCUAGAGUCGAUCCUGAAGAUGUUCUUCUCGUAGUGGAAGAUAAAGAUUCUUCAUCAUCAUCAACAACAACGUACCAGAUUGACAAUCAGAAUCAGAAGGAAGAAGAAAAUGAAAAUGAAAAUGUGAUUGAAUUUGAAAGAGGAAGAGUAUCUAGAAACGAGAUUGUAGAGAAUUAUCGAAAGAGGCAUUCGUCGGUAGGGGAAAAGGAAUGGGAACGAGAACGAGAAAGGAAGAAAACGGCGUCGUUUAGAUGGUCUCUGGAUAGUUCUAGAAAGAAGAGCGAGAGUAGCAUUGGGCUUGGGCUUGGGCUUGGUUGUUUUGCUGGGCCGAGAAAAGAUGGGAUGUUGUUAACGAAAGAAGAGAGUAGCGUGGAGCGGGGAAAGAGGUUGGAGCAUCGGAUUAUUGUGUCACCAUCAGUGAGGAGGCUCCACCAGAAUCAACGGUGGAGUGAUGUGCAACCGUGUGAUAUGUUGUAUCUAACUUCAGAGAUGAUGAUAAUGAGUGGAGUAAAGAAUGUGAAUGGGAGGAAUAAUGGAAGUAGUUGGAGUGGCAGGGGAGUAAUUAAUUCGAGAAGUGUGUCUGAAAUCACGGGACUCAGCAGGUUCCAAAGCAACAGCACAGAGCAAUAG